AUGCUCCACGGCGGCUACACGAGCAAGAAACGCGUCCAGGAGCGGUACAAAAUCCUCGGCUUCAUCAGCAGCGGCACCUAUGGCCGCGUCUUCAAGGCCCAGAGCCGCGUCGGUCAGCCGGGCCUGUUCGCCAUCAAGAAGUUCAAGCCCGACAAGGAGGGGGAGGUCCAGUACACGGGCAUCUCCCAAUCGGCCAUCCGCGAGAUGGCCCUGUGCACCGAAUUGUCCCACCCCAACGUUGUGCACACCGUCGAGAUCAUCCUCGAGGACAAGUGCAUUUUCAUUGUGUUUGAGUAUGCCGAGCAUGACCUGCUGCAGAUAGUCCACCAUCACACCCAGAACCCGCGCCAGCCUAUCCCUGCCAAGACCAUCCAGUCCAUUCUAUGGCAGCUGCUCAAGGGCCUCCAUUAUCUCCACCAGAACUGGGUCAUGCACCGCGACUUAAAGCCCGCCAACAUCAUGGUCACCGGCAAGGGAGCCGUCAAAAUCGGUGACCUGGGCCUCGCAAGGCUUUUCUACAAGCCACUAGGAUCUCUUUACAACGGAGACAAGGUGGUCGUCACCAUCUGGUACCGUGCACCCGAACUUCUCUUAGGCAGUCGCCAUUACACGCCUGCCGUGGACCUGUGGGCCGUAGGCUGCAUUUUCGCCGAGCUCCUUGCCCUAAGGCCAAUCUUCAAGGGCGAAGAAGCCAAGCUCGACAACAAGAAACAGCCGCCCUUCCAGCGCAAUCAGAUGCAGAAGAUCGUUGAGAUCUUAGGCAUGCCCAGAGCUGAGGACUGGCCGCUGCUUCGCGCCAUGCCCGAGUACUCUCAGCUUCCCACACUUGCGGCCGGGAACCCACGCAUCAACCGACCUAUGGGGCUGCGAAAUUGGUACGACACUUGCAUGAGGACGAACAACUAUCCGGAUGGACUUGGCAACUCUCCCGGCCCUGAAGGAUUCUCCCUACUACAAGGCCUUCUAGAGUACGACCCACAGAAACGUCUCACGGCCGAGAAGGCGCUCAAGCAUCCUUACUUCAAGGUCGGCCUGCCCGAUGGUCAGACUCCAAGCGACAACUGCUUCGCCGGGUCGACCAUUGACUACCCGCGGCGUGCCGUUAAAGCGGACGAUAACGACAUACGGACCGGAAGCUUGCCAGGCACGAAGAGAAGCGGAUUACCUGACGAUUCACUGCUGAGGCCAGCAAAGAGGCACAAGGAGGUCUGA